AUGAUUAUUUAUAAUAUAUUUAUAGUAAAUUUUUGUAUAUUAUUGGCUAGAAUCAUUUUCAACAAAGAAAAAAUAAAACAAAAUUGCAAAACAAAAAACAGAAAAGUAAAACCGUUCAUCACCACUUUCACCAAAACGAAUUUUAAAACCAUAAAGCAAAUGCUAUUGAUAAGAGCACUUGCACUACUUAUCACUUUCUUUCCUCUUUUUGUUCGUACUUUUCCAUUAAAGUCCUCUUGUUCCUGCACUUAUUCCGAAACGGAAGGAACGUGUACGACCACUGAAAACUCAUGCGAUUAUUUCGUUUCUGUAAACAUAACGAUGGAAGGCAUUCAAUCACACAAUUCGUUGACUAUUUCGUCAAACGUGGCGGUGACGUGUACAGGAAAAUGUUUAUUUUACACGUUAAAGAUAUUGAAUGAUUGUUCCUUGACGGUAAAAGGCUAUCUUGUCUUUUUUGAUAUUAAAAUGAGUGGGACUGCGAAAAUCUAUAGUGAAGGGACGUUAUAUUUUUCUCGGUCAUUUACUGGUGAUUUGUUAGAGGCAUUUCCUAUAGACAUUUCGGAAUCUGGAAGCCUUAAAUUUGAUUCAGUUUUAAGUAUUAAUAUAACCCCUCAACAAUCGGGAAAUUGGACUAAAAGUAAUUACGACUGUUUUGAUCUUGCAAAAACGAAUGAUUGUAGUUCAAUUCAAUUAAUGACAGACACGAUAAUGUGCGGAGCAAAACUAAAGACGGACACCGGACUGUUGGGAGGUGUGAGGGGAGAUACUGUUCUUCGGUUUUGUUCAAACAACGGGCUGACAAAUUAUUUUGACGAAAAGUACCGGUGUCGGAUGACGGGGAAAAACUACAAACCACAAAAUUUUCUGGACCAACUGUGUCCCUGCACACAAAAAUCUCAAAAAUGUUAUUUGGAACUACAAAAACUCUUUUAUGAACAAUUCGAUUUCCAAAACGAAGAUGUUAUAAUGGACGUUAUUAUCAGAGAAAGUGGAGGGUAUUUAAAUUUAAAAAGUGUGCAACAAGUUUCGUUUUUGUGUGCAAAUUGUAACUUUUGGAUGAGUACAAAAAGUGUUGAGGAAAUAGACCUUAUGGGAGAAAUAGAACUUAAUUUCACAACUAAAGGAAUGGCAAAUUUUUUUUAUAAUGAUAGUUUGUACCCGCAACUAGUUAUAGAAGGAAUGAAUGAAGCGAAUUUAGUUCUGAAAUCUAAGAACAAUAGUUACUUUGAUAUCAUGAGUAAAAGUGUAGAACAAUUAACUAUAGAAAGUGAUAAAGAAGUUUUAGUUAAUAUGAGAGAAUUGCCAACAGAAUUAAAUGUCAGAACGAACUUAACUAUUAUUGAACAAAACGUUGAAAAUGAUAACUGUAGUGCCACAAGAUAUAUAAAUGGAACUGGAAAAUGUAUUUUGUACAAUAAAAACGUAGAUGCUUUUUAUGAAAUUGUAGAAAGUAAAUCUGAAAAUUGUGAUAUAGAAGAAAGAUACUAUAUAAAUAAAACAAUGAAGAGAUGCAUCAAAUGUGUUGAUGGAUAUCGAGAAAACAUAGGAUCUUGUAUUGCUUUUCCUCAAUGUAAUUUUUCAGAAAAAAAUAUGUGUAAGAAAUGUGCACUUAAUUUUGCACAAAAUUUCACUUCGAAUUUUUGUCAUCUUUUCAAUAUUUCGUUUUGUAAAAUCUCAUCAAACAAAAUGUGCUUGGAGUGUGAAGAAAACAAAUAUCUUAGAGAAAAUACCUGUCAAACUGUCCCCAAUUCCUCUAAGAUAAUUUUCAAUCAAAUUAUUUGUGAAAAUGGAUUUUACAUUUCAAAUUUUUCCUGUCAAAAAUGUACGACUUUAUUUCCGAAUUUGUAUCAAAUGUGCAGCACCUUAUUUUCAACAAAAAAACAUGACAUGUUCUACUCCGCUUGGGUGCAUUUUUGA